GCCCCCUUCAUUCCUCCGUGUGUGUUGAGUGUGUAGUGUGUGUGGAGAGCGCAGCCGGACCCGUGCGAUCAGCUGUGACCGUGGGAAACGGACAAAAAUCCGUCUUUGGAGCGGAAACUCGAGAGAGAAUCCACACUGAGGCGCAUCAUGGAGUUUCGGGAUAGUUGUCUUCACGUAACGCUACCGCUGAACGGUUCGUCAGGGGCUGUAAGCUAGUGGAAAGUAGACGCCUGCUCUCCAUCACUGUUCGCUUGGAGUAGUUCGCCACAUUAUUUUGGAACUCGCACUUUAACGCAUCAGCGCGUGCCCGUGUGCCUGCGGGGGAGCGGGGACGCGCAUGGAUCGAGAGCGCGGAAGGUCCCCUCAGAAAUCAACGGGAGAGCUCGGCCAAAUUAAAACUUUUUGGCGAAAUAAAUUCUAUUAUUGUUAUUAUCGUCCCCUUAGCGUGGGUCCUGUCAGGUGAUUACUGUGCGUAAAUAAAUCAUCGGAGUGAGUUUGUGAUGAGGCGGACUGCAGCGCGCGGGGGAGGACUCUCCGCUGGAAUUAUUGCGCAGUUUUUAAAAUAACGGAAAACCGAGAACACAAACACGCGCUCAUGGCACAGAGUAACGUUAUGUCUGCAAAAGAUAACGGCUGCCGAAAAUUCCAGGCCAAUAUUUUCAACAAGAGUAAAUGCCAGAACUGCUUCAAAGCUCGAGACGCGCACCUGCUGAGUGAUGAAGACUUCACACAGGCAAAACCCAUCUACGGUGGAUGGCUGCUCCUGGCACCUGAAGGAACAAACUUUGACAAUCCUCUGCACAGAACACGGAAAUGGCAGAGGCGUUUUUUCCUUCUGUAUGAACAUGGACUCCUGCGUUACGCGCUGGAUGACAUGGCCAGCACUCUUCCACAGGGCACCAUAAACCUGAAUCAGUGUGUGGAUGUUGUGGACGGUGAGAGCCGGACGGGUCAGAAACACUCGCUGUGCAUCUGCACACCGGAGAAAGACCAUUACAUACGUGCUGAGAGCAAAGAGACCAUACAUGGGUGGCAGGAGGCACUGAUGGUGUUCCCACGAACCAACAAACAAAACCAGAAGAAGAAACGGAAAGUGGAAACACCAACGCCACAGGCUGCUGAUCUGCUAUCAGGUCGUUGCUCCCAGCAGAACAUCAAUGGGUUUAUUGAACCAGGUCCUGCGAAGGUGACGGUCACCAGUACCAGCAGCAGCAGCAGUAUGGUGUGUCUCCCCAGCACUAUAGCUCACGCAGAGCGAGUGCCAUCCACCAGGGCCACCCUGUGGCAGGAGGAAACAUGGAGUCGAGCCACUUUACCCACAAGCUGCAGCACCGGCAGCCUGAGUCAGCUGGAUUCAGGAAACGCAAGUGUUGGUCGUAAGCCACGGGUGGAGAGUGGAUAUUUUUCACUGGAAAAAUCCAAACCCGAAGAAGACGAAGAACGACAGCAUCAUCGCCAGCAGAAGCAAGAGCCUUCGCCACCAACGCAGCAGCAGCAUCUGCUUUCUUCCUCCUCCACCACAUCCUCCUCUUCCUCUCGCUCCAGGUAUCUCUCCUUUGAUCACAAGCUCUUCAGCUCUCCAAUCAGCUCACACAAACGCACGUCACAUGACCCACACAGCGCUGCUAGCACACAGACUUACGGCAUUGCACAUAACUCCUGCGCUCACAAACACAACACACAGAGACUCAGCAUAUCAGAGGAGCACGUUCUAGCGCUGGAUUCCCCGCCCUCGUCGGAUGCAACUCUCUGUCCCCUUCCCAGCCCAGACCGGCUCUCCAGUCCAAACUCGCACGCAAACAUCCUCCCAUCGUCCCUGUCUUCCUCUCAGAGCUCUUUAGACUCUGAGCAGGGUCCGGAGAGCUGUGUGGGCGGAGCCUCGGGCAGGGCGGGGCGAGGUGGGCAGGGUUACGUCGCCCUGGCGGAUGUGCCGCGGGCGCGGAGACUCAGUCACCGGGAUGCGUACCGAUCCAGUCAGAAACGGCAGGAGCUGCGAGCGCGCACGAGAAGCCCGGGCAGGGAGGAAGUGGAACGGCUGUUCGGACGUGAACGAAGCAGACGUUCACAGGUCAUCGAGAGAUUCGAGUGUCAUGACACUGUCAGCACUCCAGAGCAAAUGGACACAACAAAUUCUUCAACAGACCCCGCCCCUUCUUAUUCUAAAACAGCCAAUCAGAGAGCAGGACGCAAUGAGAGACGCCUCUCCAAUCAGAAACAGGAAUUUUCAUUGGAUUCAGCUAAAGACCGGACAGAUGACGUUUCUUCACUAGCUGGUUAUCGCAGGGCCAAAAGUCUGGAUCGCAGAUCCACAGAGACACUCAUGACUCCGGACCUGCUGAACUUUAAGAAAGGAUGGAUGACCAAACUGUACGAAGAUGGAUUGUGGAAGAAACACUGGUUUGUUCUGACCGAUCAGAGCCUGAGGUUCUACCGCGACUCCAUCGCUGAGGAGGCCGCUGAUCUGGACGGAGAGAUCGAUCUGUCAGCGUGCUACGAUGUGACCGAAUUCCAAGUUCAGAGGAACUAUGGCUUCCAAAUCCUUAGUAAGGAAGGGGCAUUCACGCUGUCUGCUAUGACCUCUGGGAUACGUCGGAACUGGAUUCAGGCCAUUCUGAAGAACAUGCGUCCCACCGUGGCUCCUGAUGUCACACGGAAAAACGUGUCUCUGAAACUUUCAGUUCUUAUGCCCAGUUCCCUUCCAGAAGAGCGAACCAGAUCAAAUGUGGAGCAAAACUACAUCCAGCCACCUUCUAACUCUUCGCAACUUUCGAACAGCUCUGUAGUUGAAUCUAAAAAGUUGCACGAGGACAUCACAGACUCCGCACCUACUUCCGAUCACCGUAAGAGCCGAGUAAACAAGCGCGAGGGGCGGUCUAAAACCUUUGACUGGUCUGAGUUCCGCCCAGGACAGGAAAACGAGAUUGGACCACCCUCAAUAAAGAGGGCAGAUACUUCAGUCAUUAUCUCAUCUUCUGCUUCCUCCACCUCCUCUGGUGACUCCUCUCCCAUCUCUAGCACCUCCUCUCAUCAGACGUCAUCCUCGAUUACUACCACCAGCCAUACUGAUAAGUUGCCACAGCAAGAUGAAGAAGUCAUGCAGGAAUAUAUGCACCGCAAUCAGUCGGCACCUACAGCAGACACAGUCAAUGCGACAACGGUGGCCGAGCCCCCAUCAAAGCUCCCCCAUAAAGUGCCUCAUGAACAGGUGAGAAUGGAUGUAGACCAUGCAAGAGAUGCACAGGAGGUCGACAGUCAAAGCACGGCCCGCAGAAACUCUGAUGUCCAAGUGGAAAUUGAGCAGAGGUGGCAUCAGGUAGAAACAACACCCCUCAGAGAGGAAAAGCAGGUACCGAUCACUGGCAGCUCAAAUGUACCUGUUGGAGAAAGAGCCCUUCCGCAAGAGCUGACCACUACACUGGAAAAAGAGUUAGGUCAGGCACAAAGGGAGCUGGCGAGACUCCAGCAGCAGAACAGCAUCUUACAGGAGCAACUUCAGGAUGCCCGUGGAAGAGAACAGAGUGCCAGGGAAGGAUACGUACUGCAGGCGACAUGCGAGCGUGGAUUUGCAGCGAUGGAGGAGACGCAUCAGAAGGUGAUCGAGGACAUCCAAAGGCAGCACCAGCGAGAAAUCCGGAAACUUCUGGAGGAGAAAGAAAGACUGCUGGAGGAGGAAACAAACGCCACUAUUGCUGCGAUUGAGGCCAUGAAAAACGCUCAUCGUGAGGAACUGGAGAAAACGCAGCGGUCGCAGAUGAGCGGCGUGAGUGCAGACAUUCAGGAGCUGCGCAGACAGUACGAAGAGGAGUUGCAGUCUAUCCAUCGUGAGCUGGAGGUUUUGUCUGAGCAGUAUUCUCAGAAGUGUUUAGAAAACGCACAUUUGGCUCAAGCGCUGGAAGCUGAGAGACAGGCUCUGGGACAGUGCCAGCGAGAGAACCAGAAACUGCACAUACACAACCAGGAACUAAAUCAUCGUCUGAAUGAAGAGAUCACCAGAAUGCACUCCUGUAUCAGUGAAGACAAAUCGACUUCCUCUCUGACACAAGGCAAAGACAUCUAUGAGCUGGAGGUUUUGCUGCGAGUGAAGGAGUCAGAGAUCCAGUACCUCAAACAGGAAAUAAACUCUCUCAAAGACGAGCUACAGUCGGCACUUCGAGAUAGGAAGUAUGCAUCGGAUAAGUACAAGGACAUUUACACGGAGCUGAGUAUCGUCAAAGCUAAAGCUGACUGUGACAUUAACAAGCUGAGGGAGAAACUUUUGGCUGCUACAGAAGCUCUUGGGGAAUUAGACGCUGAAGGAAGUGGCGUUACUCCCGGAUACGACAUUAUGAAGUCGAAGAGUAACCCAGAUUUCCUGAAGAAAGAGAAAUCCAAACAGAUGCGUGGGGUCAGGUCAAAGGCAGAGAGUGAGGGGUUGUUCUGGGAUAGCUGACCGCUGUGACCCCAUCAGGUCCUACAGGUGAAGCAGAGUUUAAAGGAGGGAUUGACAGUACAGGAGAGGAUGAAGCUAUUCGAAACUAAAGACUCCAGAAAGAUAUAACGCACCUCACACACUUUCUUUCUUCUUUUUUUUGUAUUCUCGCUCUAUUAAUGUCUUCAUUUAGAUCUUCUUGGUUGGUAUUAUUUUAAUAUUGUUUGUGUGAAUUAAGGGAAUGACGUUUUAAUGUUGACACAGACCAUUUUUGCCAAACUUCAGCUCCGAUGAACCUUAUAUGUUUGGUAUGUUUUGGUCUCUAGAAGUCCUGAAGCUGUUCCUCCUCAUCACAGUAUAUAUAUGAACACACUCAGUAUUGAACUAGAACACUAGACGUGUGUGUGUUUCUCAUUUGAGUCUCUUCCGAAUGGCUGCUGUUGUGUCUUUAUAGGGGCUCUGGUGACAUUUUUAUGAUUAUUCUGAGAGAAGAAGAAUUAUUGACAGAGAGAGAGAUGUUAUUUUGCCAAUGAUAUUGUAAAUACGAGUAAAGUCGUGUACGUGAUAACACUUUUUCAGACUUUCUAGUACUGUAACCUUGAGAUGAAAUGACGUGGUUUCUAUAAGCUGGGUAACGUGAGUGUGUUUUGUGGAGUGUUUCUGAUCGUCAGAGAGUUGUGCUUCAGUCAUUUACUUGAGGAGAAUCUAAUUGCUGUUUUAAUUGCUUUUGUGUUGCUUCUGGUUUAAUCGGACGUGCAAAAUUUAGAGCAACCAAACGUGAUCUCUGCUGUGGGUUGUUUUGGCAUAAAUUCGUUCGGCUACUGAUAGUGAGCUUAUUUCGUUCUGUAAUUCGAUCUGAACGCGGGACAUUUUAAUGAUUUCGUUAUUCCAGCGUUCGUGCUGUUUAAUACUGGCCUUUGCAUGAAUAUGAAGCACUUUGAGUCGUUAAUUUCUGUGUUCUGGUUUUGAAACAUGUGAUUCCAUAUUCCUUCUGCUCCAGAAUUCAGAAAGUAUUGAACACACAACAAAGAAAACUCACUGUAUAAUAAUAUUCAAUAUUUGCUUUGUAAAUAAUCGGUUUUAGAGAAGAUUCCUUUAUCUUGUUCUCUCGGUCUGCAUAGAGGAAAAAAAAUAUCUUUAUAUCUAUCUAUAAGCGGUAUGUCUACGCCUAAUCUCUAUGAAUAUUUUUAUUUUGGUGUGCGUUGAAUGUGAUACAUCUGUAAUAAUAAAAAUGUUUUUGAAUCAGAAA